ACGACAACAUGGCGGGGUAGCUACUGCAGAUAGCAAACGGAGUGAUUCGAUGUUGUUUUAGGUUUGUAUCUGGUAAAUUAGUGAAAUUAUUAGCUAUCGUGCGCUCAGGCUCUCUGCGGAAGUUUGGUAUUUUAAUAGAUAGUCACACACCUUGAAAGUAGUCUAGUUGGAUUGAAAACUGAAACAAUGGUUCGUUUUUUUAAAGCCAACAUCCGCGAAGUUUAGCCACAGCUAGUUAACCUAGAUAACAAUCCAAAUAACAUGUAAGUUAAGUCAAACCAAAUCAUGUAGUUAAUUUGGCCAUGAUAACAUUUGAGAUCUAGCCGGACGACACACACUACAAUAUUUCCCGCUGCUCUGUCGUUCGUUAACUAGCUACCACAAGUACAUUCAUUUCCAAUGGAACGCUGCGAUUGCCUUGCGAACGUAUACAUCAAAUUGUAUGCGUUGACGGCUUGACAGACAUGGUUGUGAAGGUGAAUGUUGAACUUUUGCUGAACACAUAUCCAGAUGAUGCUGUGUACAAUUUUGCACAAUAACGCUGUCGGUAUGAUCGAGGCGACACACUGUCAUUGCGCUAAAUGGAAUGCAGCAUCAUCUGGAUAUGUGUGCGCAACAAAAGUUCAACACUCCCCUGCUACCAUUUCUGUCAAGCCGUCUAUGCAUACAAUUUGAUGUAUACGUUCGAUAAAUCCAACAUUAGCACCAGGUACCAAAACGAAAAUUGCUGUUGGUGUGAUCGUGUUGUUCAACAUUCAUUUCCAAUGGAAUGCUGCGUUGCAGAGGCAGUUGCAGUUUGUUCUGUGUGGUGCAUACAAGUUGGAUUUAUCAAAAGUAUGCGUAGACGGCUUUACAGAAACGGUAGCAGAAGGUGAAUGUUGAACUUUUGAUGCACACAUAUCCAGAUAAGGGGGUGUACCAUUUUGCACGUUUACACUCUAGGUGUUAUUGAGGCGUAGCGUUUGGCUGGAGCAAGGAGUCCAAGUAGCCAGGCAAUUUGAGGAUAAGACGAUAACAUGGAGUCCAUUGAUUUGGAGAGGGAGGACCCUCCUAGCUCACUAUCUGGAUAUGCCAAUGGCGAGAUCAUGACCUUGGAGAUCUCAGACGUCUCUCCAGACUUGCUUGUUCUCGAGGUAAAGGACAGCAAUCUACCAGAAAGUAUCCAUGGCAGCCUGGACAUGGAGAUGAAUGCUGACUUUCAUGAGGAUGAUGAUGAUGGGCAUGGUUUUGCAAAUGUAGAACUCCAGUUCUUUCCCUGUGAUGCCUGCGAAGCCUCCUUCACUAGCGAACCGGAGCUGGAGCAGCACUUGAUAAGCUCUCACUCAAUAUGUGAUGUAGCAAGUGAGAGAGGAAGACAGAAGGCCAAGUCAAUGGAAAUAGAAGGUGUCUCACCCCUGCACACCUGCAUGACUUGUGGGAAGGUGUUCAAAUAUCUAACUUCAUUCCGAAAACAUGAGGAAACUCAUAUAAAAGCCCUGUACACCUGCAAGACUUGUGGGAAGGAGUUUAAAUACCUAACUUUGUUUACAAAGCACCAGGACACUCACGUUGUACCAAGAACGAGAGGAGGAAGAAAGGGUAAGUCGAUCAAAGCAGUUGGCCUAAGUGUCAAUAAGAAAAUGAAAGGCCUUCACACCUGCAAGCACUGUGGUAAGGAGUUCAAAUACGUAAUGUCUUUCAUAAAGCACGAGAAGACUCACAGGAUCACGAGAACCAAAAGAAGCCACAAAAAACAGAGGAAACUUUCAACUUCCAAGAUUAUUAUACGUCUUCAAGGCAAUAGGAAAGAUGCCACAGAAACUCAUGUAAGGGCCAACAAGAAAAACAGGAAGAACAGUGAAGAUACUAAUGAUCAGGAUGCAUGUAUUUUAAUAUCUUCCGCUGAGCAGCAAACGCCUGACACGAAACGUUCUCCUCCAUUUCCUUGUCUGGACUGUGGGAAGAUUUUUAAGUUUUUCAAAUCUUACCAAAAACACCAGAAAAGACAUGCUUGGGCACAGGGCAAAAGUGAAGGAGUGCCUCCUAAACAGAAGCACGGACCAGAAGCGAAAGAAAAUAUUAGAUGUCCGGUUUGUGGUAGAGCAUUCAACAAGCAAACAACUCGCAACAAGCACCAGAACAUUUAUCAUCUGAAAAAUAACUUGCAUAAAAACCCAAAUGCAUUAACGUGCUGUGAAUGUGACCGCCAUUUUGAAAAGGCAGAUCUUUUCCAAAAGCACAAGUGCUUCCACCUGCGUAAGCAUGUAAAGGCUUUCAUAGAGGCAGGUAGGGUGAGCCAAGAUGGGGAUGUUUUCUAUUGUCAACUCUGUGUCCUACAGCUCACCAGUGGACUGGAGUUUGAGAAUCAUGCCAGGGACAUACACCCAGACCAGUACCGCAAAAUCCUUAAAGCGGUUGGCAAUAUCAUUAAAGACACCUUGAAAGGCUUGCAGACACGAAGGGUUGACAAUCAGUCAACAAGUCAGGAGGAACCUGAAAUAAACCUAAACAGUGUAGGAGAGACGGAGGAGGAUGGAUCGAGACAAUUCAUUUGCAAGAAUUGUGGGGAAUAUUUCCUAUAUUGUGUUUCGUUUACAUUUUGCGGGAAGUGUUUAAAGGAUCGCAAAGACCACAGGAAAGCAUCCAAGGUGUACCACUGCGAGGAAUGUGGCCAACACUUUGGCCGAAAGGAUCACCUGAAGCGCCACAGCUAUUCUCAUUCUGGCAGUUCCUUUGUCUGUUCUGAUUGUGGUGUUAAAUUCAGGGAUCCGGGAGAGUUGCGUACACAUGAAAAGACUCAUCAGGUGAGAAACCACGCCUGCCAGCAGUGUGGGAAGCGGUUUGAACAGGAAGAGGAACUGAUGUUGCAUCGUGAAGUUGCUCACCCAGAACCAGGCGGUUAUACAUGCCACCGGUGCGGCAAGACAUUUAGUACAGUGAAAAAUCUGGGAAAACACAGAAUGAUCCAUUCAAAUAAAACUCCCCAUGUCUGUUCAAAUUGCGGUACGAAGUUCAAGAGGCGCGAGCACCUGAGGCGGCAUGAGAGUCUGCACACCAACGAGAAACCUCAUCUUUGUCAUUGUUGUGGUGAUACAUUCGGGCGGAAGGAGGACCUUAACACCCACCUCGGUAAAAUGCACAUCAUAUCAAGACAUUUUCUUUGUAAAGCUUGUGGGACAAGUUUCAAGGACCGUAACGCUCUCAGGAGACAUAGGUAUCACGCUCACACUAAGGCUGGCAAAGUGUUCCAAUGUGAGGCAUGUGGCCUAAGCUUCGGUCGGGCGGAUCAUCUGAAGCGCCACAAGCACACACAUUCCACUGAAAGACCCUUCUCAUGCUCAAUGUGUUACAAAGUAUUCCACCGGGCAGACAACCUCAAGAAGCAUGAAAGAAAUCACAGGAACAAGUGGUUGGAAUACCUGAACACUCACCGCCACAAAACGCCCAAGCAGGAGAGCAGAUUUUCUGAGAGAUCCAAGUGGAAACUGCGUCGAUCUGAAGCAUCGGCCCUACUAAAGCUUAUCCAGAGUCACUCCAAGCAGCAGCAACAUAUCUGCUACGUUUGUAAAAAGACUUUCAGGGGAAUUUACUAUCUAAAGCGGCACCGUCUACUAAACUGCUGUGUACAAAGAAAUAAAAUGGAUUCAUUCCGGUAUGGGACUGUUAAAUAACCUACUUUGGGGUUGAUAACCUGGCUGAUUUAGAAGUGAAACUUCAUUUUAUUUUGUAGAACUCGUUGGUGUGUUUUUGUAUACAGUGAGCUGUAGAGCUGGGACGAUAAACUGAAAAUGAUCGACACCGAUCGCAUAUCGCAGGGAUUGAGCUGAUAUCGUUCAUUAAGAUAAGUAUCCUAUACUAGAGAAAUGUGACGUUUGAAAUGAAAUACGUUUGCUAAUAUGGGUGAUUGUUAAGGGGACAAUUGAUGGUUACAACCAUCAAACUAGGAGAAGUACUAAACUCUGGUGCACAUCGUUAGAAACUUGUCGUGCGAUUUUAUCGUUAUUGCAUCAAUUCAGGCAAUUUAUCAUGAUAUGGAUUUUUUUUUGUCCAUAUCGUCCAGCUCUAGUGAGCUAUGGCUUGCUGUAUUGUAUUGUCAUGCAUUUUCACAAUGAAAAUUAUAACAUCAAAA